AUGUCGUUGAUCCCACAGUUUCACCGAGGUGGGCUCUCUGCUGUUAGCCGCCUCCUUGAUAACUAUGAAAACAUGUUCUCCAAUCUUGGUGACCUUCAAACAUACGCGCCAUCCUUUGAUGUUCGCGAGACAGAAAAGGCUUACUACCUCGAUGGUGACCUACCUGGCGUUCAACAGAAAGACCUAGAAAUUGAAUUUGAAGAUGAGCAUUGCCUCAACAUCAAGGCUCACAGUGAACGCGAGUCCACAUCCGAGAAAGGUUCGUGGCGUGCAUCCGAACGAUUGGUAGGGGAUCUCCGACGGACAUUCAACUUCCCAACUGCCAUCGACCAAGACCACACCAAUGCCCACCUGAAAAACGGAGUGCUAUCGUUGGAGGUUCCCAAAUCGAAUAAGUCCCAUAGCAAGAAGAAAGUGGACAUUCUGGACUGA